AUGGCUUCAAGUUCUGGAGCUUUAUUGUUAGGCACCGUGGUGAAGAUCAAUAGAAUUGGCAUCAAACAGAUCCCUUGUGCUCAAGUCAGGUGCAGGAAGAAUGUGUUCAACAACUUCUUGAAGGCCUACUUCGCCGAACCCAACGACUUGUGGGCGUUGGACAAAAGUGUUGACGUCAAGUUGGGGGAUACAGUAUUGGUCGGGCCUAUAGAACAGAAGGACAGACCCAUGGCUACCGUGAGUCAUAUCGUGAAGAGGGUUGUCAUGCCGUACGGUAACAUCAUAGACCCAGUGACAAAGAAGCGAAUAUACCAAAAACAGUUUGUGGAAGACCAAGAGAUAAGACACAAGCUGAUUGGAGACAUCACGGACACAGAAGAUCAAGAGGUGAUCGGUUUCGAGACUCGGCAUCAGGAGAACAAGGAGAGGUUGAAUCGACUGAAGGAACAGCAGAUGGACGAUUAG